CAGGAAAUUGUAAUUUUCCAUAAUCUCCCAGGGUUUUGUGCAUGUGGGUUGCUCUUGGAAUUAUCCACUAGAAGUGGUGGAGAUUUUAAUAUUUUUAGCCCACAGAGUUCAGCUUUUUUGUUUCUUCAUGAGUAUGGUAUCAGAAAUAACUCUAGACAGGCCAGUGGACUGCUUAGAAUUUAUAUUGGGAUAGCCCAUGUCAGAUCCUGUUAUUACAGUUCUGUGGUUGUCUUUGUUAUGGUGCUAAUGGUGAUCUUAAAUUCCUGUUUUCAGACUUGGAUGGUGCAGAUGGAAUUUAAGAGUCAUCUAGUGUCCUUGUGUAGCAUGAGCUGAGGCUGUGUACACACACGGCAUGGUGGUGUUGUGCAACCUCAUUCUUAACCUUUUCCAUAGUUUGUUUUUCCCUCCAUUUGAUUUUUUGGAUGCCACUAUUGAGAGCACGCUCUGUUUUUGCCAGAUGUGGUACAAACGAGGAACAAUUCUCAUUUCCUGCAUCUCCUUGUCACAGAUGUUGUUAACAUUUAGAUUGCUUCAGUGGGCUUGAUGCUGUUAAUAAAUGGGAAGACAAGGUCUGCACUGUAAAAAGGGCUCGCCCAAAGUCACCCAUUACAUGAGCUGCUCUGCAGUGCACUGUGGAUCUCCUCUCAGCACAGGACCACUCUUUCCUCUAUUAUGAGUUAUGCUAUUCGUUCCCAAUUGGAAGUGAAUUAUGGAGAUGUGUUAGUCACCAGGGAACCUCUAGACUUAGAAUACAUUCAACUUAGGAAAAAGUUUAAUUGCUCAGUGAGUUUUAGCUGCCCAACUCUGUGCAGGGUUGGAUAGCUAUCAUUUGACAUUCACAGCUGUGAAUGUCUUAUAAGAACUUUUGAGAUGGAUGGGUCUGUUUGAGAGACGGUUACCUCUGCUUCAACAUUUCCAUCAUGGGUGGCCAUGUGAAUUCUUCUUGCUUUCAGAUUGUUUUUCCUAGUGCUUUCUAUUUAGCAGCUGACACCCAGUUGCCAUUGCCAGCAGCAAGCAAUGACAUGUGCAUAGUGUGUACAGAAGAAUGGCAAUGGAUUAUGACCACAGAUGAAGGCAUAUAUAGUGCUAGGCUCAGGCUCUGGUAUAUCUGACUUGCCAAAAGUAAGGAGAGAUUUUGUCAGAGGUGAUAAUACAGCUUGGUUGUUUGCUGCAUGAGCUUGGGCUUUCUUUGUGCGUGUUGCUGGUGCAGCGUCACACGGGUUUGUCAGACCUGUAUACAGUGAGUAGAGUUCUAAAGGCCUGCUCUGUCUCAAGGCAUGGUUGUUAUGUAGCUAUCUCGUUGGAUGGUCACAGUGCUUUACACUUUUGUCACCCAGCAUGGUUACUAUGCCCCGACCUUCUUGUCUUUAGGACACUCUGAUAAAUAGCUCUGCGGAAGUCUUAGGCAAGUCACUGGAUCAGUCUGUGUCCCAGUUUCCGUCAAUAAAGUUGAGCUAAUAUUUGCUGAACUUGUCAUUCUGUUUAGGGGAAGGUGGUGGUGAUUUCUAUGGGAUUUAGGAACACUCACUUUGCAUAGGCUUUAGAUAUAUAAAGGUCAGAUAUGCAUUUUAUAUUUCCAUCCUCUGUGUGCCACUAGUUGGAGUGAUAGAGUCUCAAAUGGGUGUUUCUAGUUAAUAGUAGUACACAUAAAACUGAUAAUUCAAUUCAAUAUCAAAAUAAUGAUAAUUCAAGACAGUCAUAUUUAGAGUGCAGUAUUGUCUUUGAUCUGUUUAGAAUAUAUUGUCAAAGAGAGAGAAUUGUCAAAUUUAUUGUGUUCUUUCCCUGUGCCUGCAGGAGUUUACUUGUCACUCUGUAGUGGUGUGCAGGGCGCUCAGACGCUAUUGAGUGCAUAACCUGGAAUUUCUGGUAGUGAAGAUGACAUUUGGUGUGAUCCUUCUUGAUACUUUUAUCUCAGCAAAUCUCUAUUUUUCUACCAUUUGUCUUUCAGAAAGUCACUCUUGCACAAGUUGCUGAGAUGCUUUAAAGAAUUGCUACUGUUGCAGUAUUUGGAUGUAUUUGGGAAUGGGUAAAAAAGUAGAACGGGAGCUGAGAUGGAACAGGAAUGUUUAUGAGCUACUGGAAAAGGGGAUUGCAACAAACAAGGAAAGUAUCAGAGGGGUGUGGGAAGCUCAUGUAGCAAGAAGGCUCAGAGGACACAGCGCUGGGAUAUGGAAUUAGAAGGAUUAAUGGAGCUGGAGAGAUUCUGGGUAAAAGGGAUUUGGAUGAGGGAAAGGGCCCUCUCUGUCAUAUCCCAGGAUAGCCUCUUUCUCACUCCUGUAAGAGGAGAUCCCAGCCCCAGCCCCACUGCAGUCAUAAGCAGGCUGCUCACCCUGCCUUGCCCCCUGUACAUGACCCAUCUCUGCUCAACACUGAGGAAAGAGGUAGAAGUGACUUCAAAUGGGGUCACCUUUUGCCUUAAUAAGUAUUCUGAACUUGCAGUUGUAAGAUCUGAGCCCAGUUACCUGAAAGCACAUGACAGUAUGUCUAAAGCUGUAUCUUACCAAUGUCUCUUGGUCAGCGUGCUCCAGGAAAGUCUUCAGGGAGCCUGAAGAUGAUGGCAGCAUAUAGUUAUGCUGAGCAGCUGUUCUUGAAAAAGGAUGACAAUAAAAUAAAGAAACAAGAUAUCCCAGCAGUUUGUGAUCUUCACUGCUGUAAGGAUGUCCCUGUAAGAAAUGGCCUUAUUGGGCAGAAGCCACCCUCUAUCAACCCCGAGAGACUGAAGGAUUUUGGUGAGGAGGAUUACCUGAACGGGGAUGUGAAGACCUGGGAAAUGAAGAUAGUGAGCCGAAAUGAGGAGUUACUUAGGGAUGCCCUUUCCUGCAUCCCUCAGCCAAGCAGUAGGACCAGCCUGGCAAGCUGUAACAGGCUGAUUCGAUUUGAAGACAUUAGUGCAGCAGCCUUCAAAAUCCAGUGUGGUGUUCAGAAAACCCCCUGCAUGUAUUCUAGGCUAUCCAAGCAGUAUGGAAUGGACAUCUACCUGAAGAAGGAGUUCCUCCAGUACACGGGGUCUGUGAAGGAACGAGGUGUACUUUACCUUCUGAUGUCAUUGCCUCAGGAGCAGCAAAGAAAAGGGGUGAUCGUGGCUUCGGACAGUAACUUCUCCAUGGCUGUUGCUUACCACGCCUCAGAGCUCCGUGUUCCUGUGUUUGUCAUCCUGUCCACCAGCACGGCUCCGGCCAGGGUGAGGAUGUGCCGCGACUACGGCGCCAUGGUCAUCUCCUACGGCACCACAGCCAAGGACUCCCAGGUGCACGCCCGCAGGCUGGCUCAGGAGAAUGGCUACCUCUACCUGGAAGAGGAGGACAGUGCUGUGUACCUGUCAGGCCUGGGAACCGUGGGGCUGGAGAUGUAUGAGCAGGUGCCAAAGCUGGACGCAGUGAUUUUCCCUGCAGGAGGCCACUGUGGCUUGCUGGCAGGGUCAGCUGCUGCACUCAAACACCUCAACCCACAUAUUUCUGUAAUUGGAGUUGAAUCUGAAAGUUUCCCAGUAUUGCAACAGUCCUUAAAAGUUGGCCACCCAAAUGACGACCAGGCCUGCAACAACCAUCACUUCUAUGGAGAUGUGAGUGGAGUUGGCUUUGGCAGCAAUUCUUUGCAGCUGACUGGGAAGCUUGUGGAUAAAGUUGUUGCUGUGAGGGAGGAGGACAUCCUCAUUUCCAUGCUGAGGCUGCUGGAGUAUGAGCGAGCCACGGUUGAUGCAGAGGGGGCCAUUGGGCUUGCAGCACUGGUGGCAGGGAAGCUGCCUGAGUUGAAGGGUAAAAGAGUGGCAGUUGUUAUAUGCAGUGGAAACCUGGAAUUACAUUUGCUGCAACAGUGCAUAGCUCGUGCCCUGACCCUGGAUAACAGAGUGUGCAGAUUUUCCCUUGUGAUUUCUGACUGCCCAGGAGACAUGGCAAAGCUACUGGAGAUUUUGGCUCGGGAAGAAGCAAGAGUUUUGGAUAUCAAACAAGAACGCACAUUUGUGACGUCUGAACUCUUCACUGUCGAGGUGAUCUGCACUGUGGAGACCAGAGACAAGAUCCACACAGCCCAGCUGAGGAAUGCGCUCUUGGAACGCUACCCCACAGCAGCCUGGACGGAGCGGUGACGGACAUGGCGCGGGGCGGGGGCACAGGGCCUCUGACAAGGAUUCUGCAGAGCCCCAGCCUUGAGGCUUUCACAACAAAUACUACCUUUCAAAGCUGAACAGUUAGCAAAUAGUUUCAGGAUAUUUAUUUCCUGCUCAAAAUGUAGUAAAUGUCUUUGGGAAAAAAAAGUUCAACUCAAAACUUUAGCUUAGCUAAGGGAAGCUCUUAGUCUCUGCUGGUGUUGGAAUUCCUCAAUUCGUUAUCAGCUGGCUGCCUGGAUUUUAGCUAGUUUGUAGAACCCAAUGAUAUUCCAUAAACAGGGAGAAGGCAUUUCUCUUUACAUUUGAAUAUAGACCUCUCAAAGGUCUUCUGAUUUUGAUGCCCUUGUUGAAGUAAUACAGCUCCUUCUGCUGGAUUUAGUCACAUUGCAAGUACAGAAAUUUUCUGUUUCCAAGCCAGAAGCAGUUUCUGUUUGCUAAAUCUGCUUCAGGAAGUGUGUGGGGUUGAACACGAAUAUGUUCUGAUCUUUGCUACUAUAUGAGGAAAAAUUCUGCUAAUAGAAGGUGAUUUAAACACGGACAGAAAAACCCUUGGAAGAUAAAAGCCAAUAUAAUAUUAAUUUUUUCCCAAGGGAAAAUGAUCCUAUUUGCAGAAGAAAAUUCCAAAAUACUUUGCAGAAAUUGAAAAAAGUACCGAGUAUGAUUAGAGCUCAUAAACCGAACACAAAUAUAUUCUUUCCCUCUGCUUUUGGAGACUCAGUAUAAAAAGUAGCAACUGGCUUGUGUUUCUACAUAAAAAGGGGUCCCACUACCCAUGUGAAUUUUGUAAAUAGCAUUCCACUGAUUAUCUUAGUCUGUCUAAAACAGGCUCUAUCCAUCUCACCUGACAGAUUGAGUACACUGUUAAUAGUGACAUGUAUUUAAAGAGCACAUGUUAAUAGCCAAAGGCAGUGCUGGGAGAAGAGGAAGCCUAAGUCUUAGGCACAUGGCUAAUGCAAUUAACAAAGAACACAUUGACCUAAAUACCAUUUUUAUCACUACAGGCAGAGACCAACUAAUAAUAUAACAGAGGGGGAUGGCAGGAAAUGUAAGAGAAGUUCAGGCCCUCUUCUGAAUGUGCACACUACACAGUUGUGCCUUUUCAUUUGGGCAGAAUUUAACAUCAGUUCUGGAAGACCUUAAAGCACCUUCCAGUACCCAAAGAGGGCCCCCAGGAAAGCUGCAUGGGACGAGGGGCAAUGGCUUUAAAGAGGGCAGAUUUAUAUUAGGUAUUAGGAAGAAAUGUUUUACUGUGAGGGUGGUGAGGCUUUUGCACAGGUUGCCCAGAAAAGUUAUGGAUACCCCACCCCUGGAAUGAUUCAAGGCCAUGCUGGCUGGGGCUUUGAGCAAUCUGGUCUAGUGAACAGAACUCCACAACAGGAAGGCUGGAACUAAAUGGUCUUUGAGGUCCCUUCCAACCCAAACCAUUCUGUGGUUCCAUGAUCCAUCUCUCCCUGUAGCUUACACAGGCAAGAAGGGAUGAGAAGGGCAGCAUUGUGGCUGUCUCUGCAGUAGAACUUUUCUCAGAAAUAAUGUGUUUUCUCCUUCUUGUUGUAGUUCACAAAGGAGCAGGACUACAGAGUCUGACAAAUGGUGGACAAAAAAUAGAAGUUGACAGGUUUGGUCUGGUUUUGGAAGGACCAUAUUGGUUUGCACAAGGAACUAAAAAUUAUUGAUGCCCCAAUGGUUAGUUUUGUUCCCUUCUUGCUGUCCAGAAUGAUGGGUAUAGGCCUUGGUUCUGUAAAUCACAGCUGUGUCCUCUCAGACACAACUCCUUUCUCCACUGCCAGAAGAGUUUAAGAAAUCUGUAUGGAAAUAGAUGACAGAGUCCAUAUUACAUACUUGCUGCUUCCACUGGAACAAGAAAUGGACCACAUCAUCAAAGAGCAGAUUUGGGGAUGAAAACCCACAAUUGGUAAGGGCCUAACUACCCUCUCAUGUUUUUUGGCACAAGUCUCAGGAAAUUUUGAGGAUGCCUCAGGUACCUACAUGAGAGGAAAAUGGAAUUUUGGUUAUAAAGUUCUCAGUAGUGGCCAACAGGUUCUGCUGUCUGGGCAUUUGGUUUAAAAUGUUGUAUUAUCCUGGACUUUGUGGACUUUGUUGUUUUAGAAGCUCAGAGCAUUUACAACUUCUUUCCUAAUCAGUGGGAGCUGCAUUUAGCAAGUCUUCACAAACCUGGGGCAAGAUGUAGCAGAUGGAGCAACCAAAAAUCAAUGCACUUGAAAUCACUGUAUGAUUUCAGAAAUGUGUUUGGGGUGGGGGGAAGGAAGGUGAUGUCCAGAAGGUGCUUAAGAUGUUGAACAUGAUAUUUGCAGUUUGGUUUUAUUUUUAUUAAGUCUAAACAUAGUUUAAAGUGUAAAUCACUCUUCGGUAAUAAACACUUUAUAUGUGAAUAUAAUAAUACCAGAGGUGUUUUACAUUCUAUAUUGCCUUUAUUGAAGUCUCAUUGGCUUAAAAGACAAAAUUAAGAUCUUCCAAGGGGAAAAAAAACCUCAAAAUGAGACAUUUAAAUGAAUGUAUGCUUGGAAAGAAUAAUUAAAUACUUGUGCUGCUAACCUUUUCCUUUUUGAAUUAUGAAAUAUAAUAAGAUCUAUGGCGUUUCAAAGAUCUAAUAAUGUGGUUUUGAAUGUUUUAUUUAAAGAAGUAUUUUUAUAUAGAGUGGUGUAUGUACCUUGAAAAAUAACUUUAAUAAUUAUUUAAAAUUUCACUAAUGGUUUAUUCAGCAAAAUAUAAAUCUAACCAUUGUAUUUAUUUGAAAAAUAAUUAAAAUUCUGCUAUGCCACCUCA